AUGACUCAUGUUGAUCCUCCGCGCGGGAUUUUCACACUCCCCACGCCCGCCAAUUCCAUAGAUCCCUUUUGGGACGUUAUCAAAUCCAAUGAACACUUUACGCUUCAAAGAACCAAGGCAGCCUCGAGCAAUACAUUCUUUAGAGGUGUAUUCGGUACCAUACAAAAUGUCUUGGACACAAAGCAACCACCCUUUCGUAUACUUUUCAGAUCCGAUAUAAAUAGCAUUUCUCUGCAAAUCGCUGUCUCGCAGACCGAAAAAGGCAUCGAGGAUGCCUGGAAAUGGGUGGAAGAUAGUUUCAAUGAAGGAUUGCUGAAACUCGACAUUCCUUCGGAAAAAGAAAACUUUGUGGAGACGAAAAUAAAAUCGUUGGUUACUAGACAAGAUAAGGGAACCGACGAAGUUUCCGAGGACGAAAGUGUCCGAUCUGCGUCCAGAGCUUUUCGCCAGACGUUUGACGUGGCACCGACCGAGAGAUUGGUCAAUUUCUACUCUUGUGCAUAUCGCGGUAUAAGUCAAGGAUGGAUGUAUAUUAGCGAGAAUUAUUUAUGCUUCUAUUCCUUCGUGUUGGGAAUAGAAACCAAGUUAUUUAUUGAGUUAAAAGACAUCCAGAAUUUAGCAAAGGAGAAAUCAAAACGUGGAAUGAUUCCGGAUUCCAUAAAGAUCAUAACGAAAGAUGAACAAGAGCAUUUCUUCUCUAAUCUUUUUCAUCGCGAUGAGACGUAUGACCUUUUGGUCCAGCUAACGACCCUGGCCAUGCAGCGACUGCUGAAAAAUGCCUCCAUUGACCCAGCUCCAGGGACGCUAUACGAUUUUGAACAAGACUUCUCAAGUCCAAGAAUUGACGUAUCUUCGAGUCAGGAACCCCUGAUGUCUCCCAUGGUUCCUCCCUUGAAGAAAGGACUCGAAGAGCAAAAGCGAGAUAAAAAAUUUCAAAUAUUUUUCAACUUACCCACGACGGAGCAUAUGAUGCAAGAAUGUGUUUGCGAGUUUUCGACGCCCGACACGGAUGUUUGCAAUGGCAAACUUCAACUUUCCGAAGGUUACCUCACUUUCGUGUCCGUGGACGGAAGGAGUUGUAGUCUAGUGGUACCAUUAUAUACCGUUCGUCGCGUAGAACGAAUUAACAGCAAGACUCAUGCAUUCGCUCUCUCUAUUACAAAUUGGCAUCAAAUGAAACUACUGUUUCAUAUUAACGAGUCAAAAUCUUUCUUCGAGAAGUUUUGUAAUGUUCUCAAGGACAAUCUAAAAUCCCAGGUUCGUCACAUGAAACACCUACGACCUUUCCUGAGCACGUGCUUUUCGGAAACUCUGUUGUCUGAUCCAAAAAAAGACCAAACCGUCGGGGGAUUGGGAUUAAUAUUUGGAUUUCCAGGGGACUCUAAAAAGUAA